AAAAAAUGGAUGACGAAUCAAAAAUUACUCCUUAGUUUCUUGUUACACCAGAUGAACAAUCUUAAGCUAUCUUAUCUUAAUUGGAGAAUAAUGGCUUGAACCCAGAUGUAUAUGAAUAGAUUAAAAAUGACCCUCUUUAUUUAUAACUCAAUAAUGCUUUACAAGGAUUUCCAUCUACAGAUUAAGAGAUAUAAAAGUUAAAUGAUGAAGAAAGAUUGACUUUUGAGAUGUAUUUAAAGAAAUCAGCUUUAAAUCACAAAAGAGUUGAAGAGAAAUAAAAAUUAGUCUUCAAGAAAGGUUUCAAGAAGGUAGAGUAGAAGUUUUAUUAAAAUUAAUUGAAAACCAGCAAAAUAAAGAAAUAAAAUCAAUUUUCAAUUGAUUUCUAUGAAAUUCAUUUUAAAGAGCUCUCAUUGAAAAUGAAAAAGCAUUUAACCUAUUUUAUUCAUCCUUAAAAGUAAGUUUCAAUUACUAUUAGAGAAAAAUGUAAAUUGGAAUCAUCACUUAUUAGUCUGGCUUUAAGUCAUUCAACUAGCCUUACAUUAGAACAAUAUUAAAAUCAUAAUCUUUUAGAUAAGAAAUCAAAGAUUACAUUUUAAAUCAUUUCAUCAAAGAAGUAAAAGAAGAAAUGAGUUUUAAGUUAUCAAAAUUUAUUAAAUUUUGUUCUAGAAUGUAUGAAGAAGCUUUGAAAGAAUAUUAUGUAAAUUGUGCUAAAAAUAAUGAUGAAGAAUAUUUUAGAAAUUUUAUUAGAUUGAAAAUGGAAUAGUCAAUUGUAAAAAAUUCUAAAUGUAAGAUUCCAUGGUCUUUUUAAGAAAUAAUAGAUGCCUAGAAAUUUGCAUUAAAUUUAAUUGACUAAGAAAUUGAUAUGGAAAAUGAAUGA